CUGAGAAAAAGGUGAGGACAUAUGUCACAAACACUGUGUUACUCCAAUCCACUCCAGAGCCUGUGUGAAGGAGGAGGGCAUCUACUCACCUAAAGGCGCAAGGAUCCAGACGCUUAUCAUCCAACCGAGCCUCACAAGGUAGCGCUCCGAGUGGCGGACCAAUUUGAGGGUAACCAUGACGACGGCCGAGCCAACCAAUCAAGUGCUGCACCGAAAUAUCAGUGGUCGCAGCUCUGAUGAGAUCUCCAGCCCAGAGUUGAGACACAUUCAGGAUGAGGCUCUGCGGCUGUGGCACAAACAUGUUCAGAAAGUGAAAGGAAGACUCCUGGCCCAGCUGCAGGAUCAGCUUAGUGAGAUUGUGGACCAAGCGCUGUCUGAGUCCGUUCAAACCUUAUCCCAAAUCCAGCCGCACCAGAAUGGGAGGCCGGCACAGGCGCCCAUCUCUAGAACAGAGAGGAAAGAUGGUGGUAAAGUGUUCAUGCACAGAAUGUCCCUUUUGGAUGAAUUGUUUGAGAUCAACCACAUCCGAACUAUCUACCACAUGUUUCUGGCAAUUUUUCUCAUCUUCAGUUUGAGCACUUUGACUGUGGACUACCUUGAACAUGGCAGGUUGGUCUUGGAGUUUGACCUGCUGUUUUAUGCCUUUGGGAAGCUGGGGGUGGUUACAUGGGCGUGGACGAUUAUGUUCCUCUACACUUUACUUGUUCCUUAUCGGUUGCUGGAUUCCUGGGGGUCAUUGUACCACAAGUCCCCCUCAAAGCUGGGUCUAAGUCUGGGCUUUGGUCUGGUCCUGUGCGCCCUGCAGACCUGUGUCCUAGGACUGUUCCCUGUCUAUGUGGUCGUGCACAACCAGCUGCCCCCUGCCUCAAGGUUCAUUGUUAUCUUGGAGCAGAUUCGAUUUCUGAUGAAAACCUACUCGUUCAUAAGGGAGUCAGUUCCUCUUAUUAUCAACAAUCCUCCAAAAGAAGGAGAAAAUCCCAGGUUUCCAACUUUUUCAAGCUACCUGUACUUCCUCUUCUGCCCAACACUUAUCUACCGAGAGUCAUACCCCAGAAAUAGCCGCAUUCGAUGGAAGUAUGUUGGAGUUACUAUUGGCAUGAUUCUGCUGUGCCUGUUCUACGGCUUCUACAUCUUGGAGCGACUCUGUGUCCCAGUGUUCAGACCUGACACUAAUCAGACUUUCAGCAAACGCUCAAUGGUGCUUGCGGUCUUCCAUUCAAUAUUACCAGGUACCAUGCUGCUGCUGCUCUGCUUCUUCGCCUUCCUGCACUGUUGGCUCAAUCUCUUUGCCGAGCUCAUGCGUUUUGCCGACAGGAUGUUUUAUAAGGACUGGUGGAACUCCUACUCUUUUGCAAACUAUUAUCGCACCUGGAACGUGGUGGUCCAUGAUUUUCUUUAUUACUAUGGAUACAGAGAUUUCCUGUGGCUGUCCAGGAGGAAGUUCAGAACAGCUGCCAUGCUGUCUGUCUUCAUGGUGUCCGCCUUUGUUCAUGAGUAUGCCUUGGGAAUGGGCUUUGGCUUCUUCUAUCCCGUCAUGUUCAUCCUCUUUGCCAUCUUUGGAGUUCUCUUUAACUUCGCCAUGAAUGACAAGCGACAGAGCCCAGUGUUCAACGUGGUCAUGUGGACGUGUCUGUUCCUGGGGCAGGGGGUCCAGGUGUGUCUCUACUGUCAGGAGUGGUACGCACAGAUCCACUGUCCUCCUAAAGGGGAUAGUUUCUGGGAGCUGGUGACGCCUCGCUCUUGGUCCUGCACUUACUAUAAGUGAACACUAUGUGGCAGGUGUGAGUGUUUUGGAAGAAGAGACUGGUUUAGAUGUUUUAGAUGUUAGUUUUUUAAUGCAUUGUGUAAAUAUGUACUGUAAUAGCCCUUUGUAGCAAUGUUUUCAGUUGUUAACAGUGUUUUAUAGAAUUUUUUACAAACAUACAGAGAGGUUAAUGCAUAGAAUAGUCUGGUUUUGUAACAGGUAUUUUGUUACUACUUUUAUGCUUUGUUUAAUGUUUAAAAAAAAAGGUUGUUGAGCUCAAAAUAAAUAAAACAAACUGUGAAAUUU